UAUUUGAGGCUCUUCUUUUUCAUCUAACUUUUCUUCAUUACUGUCAUUAAUAUCUGAAGACUGAACACAAAGCAUAAUCAAAUAGACAACCAAAUUAAAGACAAUAAUAUUUAUGAAAAAACUUACUAUAAAGUCAGUAUUUCCUAAGUACUCUGAUAAACUUAAAUAAGCAUUAAUUUGUGAUGAACAUAGAGGUGCUAGUGGAUUUUUUUCGGCUUCCCAUUGAAUUAAUUUAUCAGAAAUUCGUACGGUCUUAUUUGACAUAUUACUUACUUAAUUAAGUCUUAUUUCUGCAUACCAAUUAUUAAAAUAUUUAUAAUAAUUAAAAAGUUAUUAAUUACUACAUUAAAUUACCUCCUUAAACUUAAGUUUUCAUAAGUUUAAAAAAAAUGUGGACGUAAACAAUUGUUAACAUAAAUUUUAUCAAUAUGAUUACAAAUGAUAACAUCACGGAUUCCGGUCACGAUUUAGAUUAAUCAAUCCAUUUGUUAUUACCACGGUCAUUGCAUAGAACCACAGCAAAUAGCCAUACUGCGUAGAACAUAAACAAGGUGUACCGAUCAAUUUAUACUCCUUGAAUAAAUGUUCUGUGGGAAAGGACUAUUAAAAUUAUUAAUCGUUAAAAUUAUCUAAUAGAUAAUUAAUGUGAAAUAUAAUUUGUGUAACUUAAAAUUUUUGGCUGGCGCCUGGCGGCUUACUAACGUCGAGAUUGCUUGUUAAUUUAUAAAAAAUUAAUAAAUAAUCAAUAUUGUACGUAUAUUGAUCAUACAUCUUUAAAGAAAAUAAUUUCAAGAAUCAAUUUGAAUUAACACGGUAAUUUAUUUUUCUGUUUUCAGUAAGUCACAAAACGAAAAUUGUACAAACAUUUUUAUACAAUUAACUUUAUUUAUUAAUAUUUAUCAAAGAUAUUUGACUUUUGUACUUGCAUAUUACCUACUUGAAAUGUUUUAAAUAGGUAGAAUUUAUCUAAUUGGCAUUCGAAAUGUUUUCUAACACAUCGUUUUUCACUGAUGGAAAAAAAGAAAAAAAUCAGAAAUCAGAAUUCCAAGUAGACCUUGCUUAUAAAGAAGAGGUUGAAUCCAAACUUAAUAAAUUUAAUGAGAUAAUAUUCAAUUCACAUGAUGGCGCUAGUCAGUCAACAAGUCAACAUGAUAUUAUUAAUGCUCUUGAAUCGAUAUCUAUCAAUUCUAUCACUGAUACUUAUGUUAAUGAUGUUGGUUCAGUUGAUCAUUUUGAUGAAUCUAAAAGUGAAAUUAGUUCUAUUGAAGAAAAUGCACAAACAUUGCAAGAUGGAGAUUUAAAUAAAAAGGAAAUCACUAAUCAAAUUUUUAAAUUACAAUGUUUGUAUACAUGGAACUUAAAAUCAAAUAAUAAACAAAAUAUAAUUCUGAUGAUACAAGAUAAAUAUGGUGAAUAUAACAUGAAUAUUUCCUCACCUGAAUUUACAUUUGAAAGGUAAAUCAUUUUUAAUUAAUAAUUUUAAUGUAGGUAAAUUUUUAACUUAUAAAUUUGGCAGUGGUCUUGUAAGUGACAUACAAUCAUUUUCAUUUUAAACUUUUGCUCACUUGUCUUGUAAGCUAAACAAAAAAAAAUGUUUGUUAAUUAUUGAAAGAAAUUGUAUUAACUAUUUAUGAAAAUAAUGUUACACAAAAAAUUAUUACAAAAAUUCACAUAAAUUAAAUAUAUUAUUACUAUUAGAUAUUACUCACAAAAGGUUACUUCCACCUCAUUAAGAAACUCUUAAAAAAUUUAAUCUUUUGAUGGAUGCACAAAUCUGCAUCAUUCUUGUAACAAUCUUUGAAAAAAAGUAAAAAUUCUAUUUACUCAUAUACAACAAUUUAGUAUUAUAUAAUGCCAUAUACGUGUGAUAUUUUAACUGACAAUAGAAUGAUAAUGUCAUUUUGCAAUAUAACUGAUAAAUUAUAAAGUAAUAUAUUAGUAAUAAUUAAAGCCCGGAUGUAUUUGCAUAUGCAACUUCUACUGAUCCAAUAAAUUGCUAAGUAAGUUUUAAAUGUGUUGUGUAUAAGUAGGAAUUAAAAUUUUAAAUUUUAAAGCACAAUUUUUUGGAAUUUCCAUAAUUUUUUUUGAAUUUAAUUAUUGAAUGUUAUUUGUCGAAAUGAUAGUUUAAUUAUUUUUAGAAUCGCAUCUGUUCUACUGGAAUUAUCAGAUUUCUCGUAUUUACAAUGCAUAUAGAUAAGAUCUAUUUAACACAAAGAUAAUUUAUAAAACAUGAUCAUUUGACAGUCUGUACAUUUUGUGUAGUCUCUAGUUCUUUUAUUAUUUUGUAAAUAUGCUGAAAAUUAAGCCAAAUUUUUUGUUUUUGAAGAAAAAAAAAUUUGUGUACAAUUUUUAAUUUUUUAACUGCAAUUAUCGGUAUUUUUUAGUGCAAUACUACAAUCAAUUUUACUAUGUUUUUACUGUUACAACAUCUGUGCCCUAGUAAUAAUAUAUUACUUUUUAUUGUGUGUUAAAUUUAGAUAAGUAUAUUGUAUAUUGCUUACGAGACCAGUGAACUGCAUGUAGAUUGCUUAUGAGCAUAAAUUGUACAAUAAUUUACUUAAUUUGUUGUAUUUUGAAAUAAUUAAUUUUGAUUUUUAUGACUAGGUUUAUAAGUAAUUUAAUUAUUGCCUAUGAAUUGUUUCAUAAGGGUGAAACUGAACUUGGCCAAAUGAAAAUAUUAGACAUUGGAAAAUGGCUUGAGGAAUUAGAUAAUCUUAAAGUUGAUGAGUUUUAUUUAUCUAUUAAUGUUGGCCUUAAACAUGUCAUGACAGGUACUUUUAUUCAUAUGUUAUUUGCUACAAAUCUAACAGAAGAAUGUACCUGGGUAAGCUAUAAUUAAUUGUACUCAUUUAUAUUUUAUGUAUUUAGUAUUCUUAAUUUUAUAAAGUGAUAAUUUAUAUAAAUUAGUUUUUUUUUUAUUACCAAGUGCAACUUAUGACGAAUCUCUUGUUAAAUUUUCAAGCAUUUCUGUUUGGUCAAAUGACUAAAUAUAAUACCAUCAAAGAAAAACUAGAAAAUAUAAAAUGCUUAUAAAUAUAAGCUUUCCGUGAACUUACCCGAUUUUUCUUGAUUUUACUAAAUUAUUAAAAAAAUUACAUAGAAAAUCAAAAAUCAACACACUUAUUCAUCAACUAGAUCCAAUGUGCUUCAAAAAAGUGUCUCAGUUUUUUAAUUGAAACAAGAUUUCUGAUAGAAAACAUAAUUUGUACAAAUUUAAAAUAUUGAAAUUGUAUCAUUAAUUUGUCAGUUUCAAUUUACUUUUUUGUUUAUUAUUAAUACUACUUGGAUAAUCAAAAAAUGAUCUGUUUAACGCACCAACUCGAUCCAAAAUGCGACAAAAAAAGAUUCUUGUUACUUUUUGAUUGGAGCAGUAUUUUUAGUCAAAAAUUUGUAAGCAGACAGAAAAAAAAAAUCACAUAGAAAAAUCAAUUAUCCCUUCACUAAGAUUAGGAUUUAAAAUAUAUAUAUACCGACAUAAGUUUUAUGCUAAAAAUUAAAAUUCUGAGGUAUUUUUAAUGGUUUUCGAUAUUAUAAUUGACAAAUAGCUAUUUAAUAUAAAAAUGCCAAAUAAAUACUUAAGAAUAAUACUUAAGGUAGAUAUUGCACUAAAUGGUUAGCCAUGUGUAGAUGUGUAGGUAUUAUAUGACACUAAUGCUGAUAAGCAUUAUAAUAAAUAUAAUUAUUUUUACUUUUUUAGCUACUUAAAAAUGUUGUUUCAUUUGCCAAUAUGGAAUCUAAAUCAAGAGCAGCUGUAUAUGCAGUACGUGCAUCUGUGCUAAUUGAAUAUAGUAGAAAUUCUGCAUGUCUAAAAAAGGCUUCAGGCUAUGCAAAAAAAGCGUGUGAUUUAGAUCCAAACACUUCCUAUUGGUUUUAUCUUUAUUCACUUUCACUGACUGCUCUCAGGCAAUUUGUACAUACUGUUAAAUCAAACCCAACUGAAAAUGAAAAAAAUUCAAUUCAGCAAGCAAUUGCAUUGUCUGAUGGGAAAAUUACUCACUAUAAUUACCAUAGAAUGACAUUAGAUAGAGAUACUGUUAUUCGUUAUUUUCAUGAUAACAAAGAUAAAAAGGACAAAUUUGUGCAUAAAAAAAAUAUCCAAGACAACCAAACUCUUGUUCAUAUGAUCAAGUAUGUAAAAUUUGUUAAAAAUAAUAAUUAUAUGAGAGCUAAUCAAAAAGUAUUGAGACUGGUAGUAUCACUCAAUAACCAAGCAUUGAAGAGCAUUGGGAUUGGUAUCACUUUUAUGACAUUUUUUGAGAACAUUUAUUUCUAUUGUUUCUUGAUAACUUCUUCGGUUUGAUUUUACCAAAAUGUCUGUAAAAUAUGUUUUUUCGAAUUUAUCGAUUUUGUAAUGAAUCCAAAAGAGAGCAACUUGACAGUUUUGGAGAUCUCAAAUAAUUUGUCUGCAUUUUUUUUUAGUUCCAGAGAGAUACAACAUUUCAUGGUUCAUGCCAAAAAAUUUUAAUUGAAAAACUACAAAUGCGUCGCUGAGUGGCAGCAAGUUUCUCUUCUUUUGAAUUCAUUACAAAAUCGCCAAACAUGAAAAACAUAUUUUAGAAAAAUAUCCUUGAAUCCAAAGGAAGAGUUUAUAGAAAUUCUACAAAAGUAUAUGUGCUCAGAAAGUCAUAUAAGCCAGGCUUAUCAAUUUUUUCACUCUUUAAUAUUCGGUUCCUAGUAAUAUUAUCAGUUUUGAUACUUUUUAAUUAGCCCUCAUAUUAUAUGUAAUUUAGUUAAUUUUAGUUUUAUUCAAUAUACAUUUUUUUAUUAGAACAGUAUAUUAAAAUACAUUUUUGUAGAAUUUUCCUAGAAAAUAGAUACUGUAGCACUGUAUUGCACAAAGUAUUAUGUUGUGUUAUAUAAUAUGUUAUACAUACACUAUACAGGGUAAUUUUUUUUAAGCAUGCUCACCCUAUUUUUAUGGUUACAUUUUGCAUAAAUUCAAACUCAAAUUUUCAGAACUUUUAAGUGUAGUGAAAGGUGAUAUUCGCAUUGGAGAUUGUUGCUUUAAGUUUUUGCACUCGUGCAGAUCCUCCCCCCCCCCCUUAAUAAAGCCAAAGAGUUUCUAUUUUGUUUAUGCAUGAUGUAAUUAUCGAGGAUGUGCUUUUGGAAGGUUUAAAGUUUCAACUUUCAGUCCCCUCCAACCAUUUUUAUGCUCAAAUUUCAUGUUUUCUUCAUACAAAUAAUUAUAAUGAUAAUUGUUCAUAGGUUUAAAUACCCUUCUGAACUAAAAUGUAAAAAAACUUUAACAAACAUGCCUAAUUUUGAUCAACCAUUCAAAAUUUAAAAAAAUUAAAUAUUAUAAAUGGUAAUUUGGCUGGCAUAAAUUCAACUCUAUAGAUGAGAACUCUGGUGACUGGUGUUCUUUUAAUUUUAUUUACAACAAUAUUUUAUGAAAUAAGAAUUAUAUAAAACAUUAUUUAUCUUCAAAAUCCUUAUUUAAAUUUUUUUUAAAGAUAUUAUAAAUUGCUUAUAGUAACUAUGAAAUUAAAAUAUCUAUAUAUUUUUGUACAAAAGGAGAAUCUCUACACUUAAUUAUAAUGCAAAUUAAUUAUAAUUUUAGGACUAUAAUUAGUAUGGAGCCAAAAGACCCUCUUUUAAUAGUCAAAUGUGCUAAAACUAUAAUGACUCUCCCAGUUAUGGUGCGUGAUUUUAAUUUGGGAAAACAAUAUUUGACAAUAGCUUUGGAAAUGGCACCAAAUGAUAGAGCUGUUUUUAAAGCCAUUGAAAGAACGAUUAAACAAUAUCAACAAAUAGUAAGACAUUUUUUAUAAUACUUAACAUUUAAGUUUAUUAAUAGUUUGCGUUUAUUUAAAAAUGUUAGUCUAAUAAAAACACAGCGUUUGAAAAGGAAAGCCAAACACAAUCAAAUAGUAAAAUAAAAAAAUUAGAAGAUGAGUUAAGAAUUUUAGUAAAAAAACAUAAUAAAGGUGAAAAUGUUGUUGCCCAUCUAACUGGAAUGACUGAAAAGUAUGUUGGAUUGGAUCAGUGCAAACUUAUAGCUCAGUUUUGUUCUUAUAAUAUACUAUUCGCAAAUAACUUAAAAAAUGGUGUUGAACAAUUUAUUUGGUUAACUAAUCAACCAGGAAUGGUUAAUAGUUAUUUAAUUAAGGUAUGUAUUUUUAUCCUAAAAAUAUAAUAAAUUUAUAUUUUCAUUAAAAAGUUGAACUUUGAACUAAAAAUCUUUAUUUUUGGUUCAAAAAUGAUCACAUGUGCUUGUUUUUAGUUAAUAAUUAUUAAUUCAUUGUUAUCAUUUUUUAUUGGUUUAUUGUUGUUUAAUUUAUCUAAAUUUGUUAAAUAAUCAUUUUAUUCAACAAUAAAAUUAUUACUAAUAAAAUAUUAAGUAUUAUUCAUACAAACCACAUUCAAUUGUAUGUUUAAUUGUAUUAAUUUUCAUACAUUUUUAUUGUAUUUUGUUUCAGGAACAUUUUUCAUCUUUUGGCACAAAGAAAUUUAAUUUAGCUGAGCUUAUUUGUAAUGAAAUUAGAUUAGCUACAAAUGCAAGUACCACUUCAUCUGAGGAUUUGUUAUUUUACUAUAAAAUGCUAACUAAGAUCAUGGAGACGUGUAAUAUAAAAAUAAAAAAUAUAGAUCCAUCCAUGAAAACCAAAUUAAUCGUUAACUUACAUAAUAAAGCAGCUACAAGUACUUAUGAAACACAACAAAGUAAUUUCGAUUUUUCAGCUAAUAAGAGUGUCUAUGAAAGUGAAAACAUUAAAAAAUCAAUAAACAGUACAAAGCCACGUAAAACUACUCAAUCAAAUUGUAAAAAUGGUAACCGGAACAAAAGAUCAAAAAAGAAAAAUGAAGAAAAAAUCCCUACCAAUUCGGAUGCUACGGCAAAUGUUAAAAAUAAAACUCAUUGGAUAAAUUCAAAUGAUGAAAUGAAAUUUAAAAUCGAAAAGUUUUUUAAAACUGUUGAAGCUAGACCUGGAAUUUCUAACAACUCUAAUCAUAUUCCUCCUUUGAUUCCAGAUAACUUAAGAAAUAUAACAACACAAUCAGAAAUAAAUCAGUAUACUCAACAACUAUAUGAAUACAUUUUAAAUAGAAAACAAAAUUAGAAUAUUCUGUAUAUUAACAGAUUUGUAAGCCAAACUUUAUUACUAAAUUAAGAGGCACAAAAAAAUCAACAAAAAAAAAAAAAAAAGUGACUUGUUUAUUUAUAUUCAUUAUUUGAUUACUUUACUUUGAAAAUAUGUUAUAUUAAUAAUUUUAUCUACAAAGUAAAAAUCUUACUCAAUCUUUAUCAAUCCAUUUUAUUUUAUAAUAAUGUUAUAAUAAAUAUAAAUGCCUUUAGUUUUAUAUAAGUUUAUUAUAAAAUUAUAUAUUUUUUAAUACAACUUAAUUUAAAUUUAGUUCUUUUCAAUAUGCACUGUGGGACAUCCAAAUGUGUAUGGUGUAUCAAAAUAAAGUACCAUUUAAGGCAUAUGGUACAUAAAUAUCAUGUGUAAUAUAAUUUCUCUUCUCAUUUUAUAAAGAUAUUAAUGUUCUGUUAGGGUACGGAGAGAGUUGGAUAUAAAAUUAUUAGUUGACAUUUAGUUUUUAGAAGGCUUGAAUAUCAAAUGUAUAUCAAGGAGAGAUAUAAUAAGAUUUAUGGUUGAUUAGAAUUUGUAAACAAAAUUAAGAAGUGAGAUAAUGCUCUGUGAUUUUGACAGAAUUGAAUAGGUAUAUAGCUGAAAAAGUAUAAAAUAAGAAUGGUCACCAGACCUAUUACCAAUGGAUAUGGACUGCAUUAUAUUCUGUACAUUUUUGUACCAACUCCCUGUCCUAGUAGAAAUAAUUAGAGAUGAUGCUAAAAAUAAAAAUAUUAGAGAAGUUGUGUCCCUUUGUUCCCUUUCAAUUUAAGUAUUGAUGACACUUUGAAGAAAACCAACACAGUUAUGCAAAUAUAAC